ACUCGUUUCUUCCUUUUUCUCUCUUUCUCUUUCUAUCUUCAUUCUUUCUCCUUUCUCAUUUCUUCCCCAAACCCAUGUCUUAGAACCCUAGCCCCAAACUCACGGGCAACAAGGACGGCAAGUCGGCAACGAGGCGGCGACGAGGACGGCAACGAGCAGGGAAGGAAACAGAGUUUGCCUUUUCUACUCAAAUUCUCAUCGAAAAACCCUGAUAUGGCUGCUUCUAAUUCUUCUAAACUGUUUCGUGUUGGUCGUUCAAUUCUAGGAGGCCUCAGCAACAAUGCUUUUGGGGCAAGCAGGACAGCUUCUGAGCUGACACAUAUGGAUUUCUUAUCUCAACAACAAAGGACAUUCAUACAGAUGAGGACCAAUCUCAAAGUGGUGGAUAAUUCUGGGGCUAAAAGGGUCAUGUGCAUACAGGCAUUAAAGGGAAGAAAAGGAGCAAGAUUGGGGGACGUAAUAGUUGCAUCAGUCAAGGAGGCGCAUGUGGGUGGGAAAGUGAAGAAAGGAGAUGUUCAUUAUGCUGUUGUAGUUCGUGCUGCGAUGCAAAGGGGUCGUUGCGAUGGGAGCGAAGUCAAGUUUGACGACAAUGCUGUUGUACUCAUCAACAAGCAAGGUGAGCCAAUAGGCACAAGAGUGUUUGGCCCAGUUCCUCACGAAUUAAGGAAAAAAAAGCAUCUCAAGAUUCUCAGUCUUGCUGAGCAUAUUGCCUAAGUAUUUGUCCUUUACGUUAAUUUAGCUCAGAUUAUGAGUCUGCGGUUGGAAUAAUUAUACAAGUCAUGGAUCUGGCUGUAUAUCAUUUUGUUGUGCCUUUACAUGUGGUCGUCUCCUUUUGAGAUAACAAGUAGAGUUUACAUAGUGUUUUCUUUGAUCCUGAUACCGGACAGUCUAUUGCUACACGCUUGCUGCCUGAGAGGCUGGCUUUUCUGCAAUUUGCAAA